AUGCACUUCCAGACCUUCCUCAGCGGCUUGGCUAUCCUUCCAGUGGCUCUGGCUUCCUGGCCUUUCCGCGACCACAUUGAAGCGAUAUCAGCAAUCGGUUACGGCAAUGAGCAGCCCAAUGUGAAAGUCGAGACGCUCUUUCAGUUUCCCAACAAUGGCUCAUGGAUCGGCAACAUGGUCCUUCGACCAGACGGCAACCUCCUUGUGACGCGUAUGGACACCCCUGAAGUUUGGCUUGUCGACACCACGAGCGGAAAGGCGAGCCUCGCCUACUCGUUCCCCAGCGUCACCAGCACCUUCGGAAUCAGUGAAAUCGAAGACGAUGUCUUCGCAGUUGUUGUGGGGAAUUUCUCCAUCAAAACUUAUCAGCCAGGUGCAGGCUCGUUCUCAGUCCAGAAAUUGGACUUCACCAAGAUCGGUGCUGGGGGGAACAAGCGCGCUCUGGAACAGCCAACGGCCUCGGAGAUCAUCGCAAUCCCAGAGGCUCAAGCCUUGAAUGGCAUGGCUACUUUCUCAAGGGGCUCAAACUUGGUUCUCAUUGCCGAUAGUCCAAAGGGAGUAGUUUGGAAGGUCGAUACCAAGACAGGAGACUAUUCUGUCGCACUGAAUGAUACUACAAUGGCUCCGGCGAAGGGCCAGGCCCUUCCCCUGGGAGUCAAUGCCGUGACAAUACUGGGUGAUUAUGUCUAUUAUACCAGCACGACACGAAUGCUGUAUUGCAGGGUCAAGGUGGACAAGGAUGCCAAAGCAAUCGGAGAUUUCGAGGUGAUCGCUAGUGGAUUCCUGCCGGAUAACGUUGAGAUGACCAAGGAUGGCACUGCGUACAUUCCGACAGAUCCCCAGAACUCUGUUGUGCGCAUCACGCCUUCGGGGCAGAUCUCCCUCGUUGCGGGUGGCCAAGUAUCCACGGAAAUGCCAGGCCCAAGUUCGGUCCGGUUGAGCGAAGACCGAAAGAUACUUUACGUCGGCACCACGGGGGUCAAAUUGCGCCUGUUUUGGGCCAAUUCAUCGAGCCUGCUAAGGUUCUCAAGAUAA